GGAACGGGCACCUGCUGCCGCCCUCGCCCGCCGCGCUUUGUCCGGGGCUAAGCGGCCGCGGCGCGGCUCUCAGGGCGUCGCCUGGCUCCGGCGGCAUCGCGGGGAGCGUGGAUGAGAGUUUGCUCCGAUUUACGAGUGGGAGACUCCAACCGUCAUGUUAAGGUAAAGCAGAAAAGUGCAGUGCUGAACAUGCUAAAGAAGUUGGACAAAAUAAGGUUCAGAGGUCACAAGAGAGAUGAGUUCCUUGAUUUAGCAGAGUCUCCAAAUGCUUCAGACACUGAAUGUGGAGAUGAAAUACCGGUGAAAAUACCUCGAACAUCAGCUCGAGAAAAUGAAGAGCUGAGAGACCCUGCUGGUCCAGGGACCAUCAUCAUGGCUUCAGGAGUCCAGGAUUUUAACAGAACAGAGUCUGACAGACUGAAUGAGAUCAAAGGUCACCUGGAAAUAGCCUUACUGGAAAAACACUUUUUACAGGAGGAGCUCAGGAAGCUGAGAGAAGAAACAAACGCUGAAACUUUAAGGCAGGAGCUAGAAAAAGAACGGCAGAGGAGAUUAGAACUAGAACAAAAAGUCAAUGAAGUACUUAAAGCAAGAGCGGAAGAGGUGCCUGCAGCUCAGCAACCUGCAAAGCCACAGACACAAGCCAACGGAACAGAUAAGCGUAGUAACACAGUCUGUUCGAGACUCCAGAAGUGGUUUUGUGACAAAUUUGGGGAGUAUGUUGAGGACUUCAGAUUCCAGCCAGAAGAGAAUACAGUGGAAACAGAAGAGCCACUUAGUGCUAGAAGAUUGACUGAAAAUAUGAGAAGAUUAAAGAGAGGUGCCAAACCUGUUACUAAUUUUGUGAAGAAUCUUUCUGCCUUAUCAGACUGGUAUUCUAUCUACACUUCUGCUAUUGCCUUUAUUAUUUACAUGAAUGCUGUAUGGCAUGGCUGGGCCAUUCCUAUGUUCUUAUUUUUAGCAAUUUUGAGGUUGUCCCUAAAUUACCUCAUUGCCAGGGGUUGGAGAAUACAGUGGAGCAUUGUGCCUGAAGUUUCUGAACCCAUGGAACCCCCGAAAGAGGACCUGACUGUGUCUGAAAAGUUUCAGCUUGUUCUAGACGUGGCUCAGAAGGCACAGAACCUUUUUGGUAAGAUGGCAGACAUACUGGAAAAAAUUAAAAACUUGUUCAUGUGGGUCCAGCCAGAAAUAACACAGAAGCUCUACAUUACUCUAUGGGCAGCUUUUAUUGCGUCCUGCUUUUUGCCCUACAGGAUUAUUGGGCUUGCAAUGGGACUCUACGCUGGAAUCAAGUUUUUCCUUAUUGAUUUUAUCUUCAAAAGAUGCCCCAGACUAAGAGCUAAGUAUGAUACUCCUUAUAUCAUCUGGACAAGUCUCCCGACAGAUCCUCAGCUUAAAGAGAGAUCUAAUGCUACAGUGUCGAGACGGCUGUCAGGGCAUGAAAAGCUUCAAACAGCAGCGUCCAGAAGUUAUGUGGGCUCAAGCACCCCAACUGGAGUAAGUAAAGAUGAAGACACAAGUCGUUUUCAUACCACCAAGAGAGGGAAUUUCCAUGAAGUUUUUAAUCUGUCGGAAACCGAGCGUCCUUUGGCAGUGUGUGAAAAUGGCUGGCGCUGUUGCUUGAUUAACAGAGAUCGGAAGAUGCCUACAGAUUACAUCAGGAAUGGAGUUCUUUAUGUCACAGAAAAUUACUUGUGCUUUGAAAGUUCCAAAUCCGGCUCAUCUAAAAGGAAUAAAGUCAUAAAGCUAACGGACAUAACAGAUAUUCAGAAGUAUAAAGUACUCUCUGUUCUCCCGGGAUCAGGGAUGGGUAUUGCUGUAUCAACACCAUCUACACAAAAACCUUUGGUGUUUGGUGCCAUGGUACACAGAGAUGAAGCUUUUGAAACUAUUUUCAACCAAUAUGUGAAAAUAACCUCUGCAUCAUCAAGCAGUGAGAGCUAGUAUCUUAUCUUACAAGAUAUAAAGGAAACUUUCUUAUUUUACAACUUGGUAGUGAAAAAAAAAUGAGCAUCCUCAUCUAUUUUGCAAUAAUUUUUCUUGUCUGGUGGUUUAUAUUCUAUCUGUUACAUAAAUCAAGUGUAUUUUAUAUAUGCCUUCAUGUUUGUUUUUAAGGUUUUUGUAAAAAAAAAAGAAAAAACAAAAUGAAACAGAAGAGUGAAAGUGCUAUCAUCACUAUCAGCCUUGCACAUUAAGCACUUUUAAUGUUUAUUUGCUGACAUUAAAAGCUGGGAAGAUACUUGAGAGUUGACUAAAUAUCGAAGUGAAAUAGAUUGAACCCUUUAACUCCACCAAUAUCACUAGGGAUAUGUUUGUCCCUCUAUCUUAUUUAUUUUUCCCCAAGAUGUGAGAUGACUGCAGCAGCAUGAAGUCUCUUUCCUCAGCUCUGAGUUUUUAAUUUGUUCUUAGCUGAUAGCAACACCAAUGAAGUAUUAACGUCUUGGUAUUUCCAUAUUUAUAACUGCACUUAAAAUAACUCCUUCUUGCUAAUUUAUGCAGAAAGAUAUUUUACUGGUUUGAUUGGGUUCAAUUCUUCCAGCAUAGACACUUAAAUGGCUUAUACAGUAAACUGGAGGAGAAAGUUUGUAACUAUAUCUUCCUUUCCUAAUUAUCCAAAGUAAGAGGAAGGAAGGCAGGCAGAUACUUUUUAUAAAAGAGGGCACCAAAAUGUUGUUCCUAAAAUGUUAGGCGUCAUAUAUUUGUAUUUCUAUAGAUACUUGUCAUAGAAGGGCUCAACUGUUGUACAUGUUGUAUGUACAAGGUGUUUGUAUGUUAGUGCAUAAAAGACUUGCAGACUUGGGGGAGAUGGGAAUAAUUAAACUAAACUGAGAUACGACUCUUUAAUUUGGCUUUUCUCUUGAGUUACCUUGUAAUAAAAUAACACUGUAAUGUAACAGCUGAAAGCAUUAGUUCCUUUUCAGAGCAUAAUUUGAGGGGCAUUGGUAUGUUGCUGUCUUUCCCCUUGCAAAAUUAAAUUUUACUAACAAUUAAAACCAACUGCCAGGUAGAACAGGAAGGUUGUACUCCUUCUCUAAACUCUCUCAGGCCUUUCUAACAGCAAAGCACAUAUUGACCUUUGUCUUUUAAUAUUCGAAAGCUUUUAUACUCUAUAUAAUAGCACCCAUCUGAGAGAUUUAGAAUUUUAUUUCCAUUUUCAUGAAAGCACAGUAGGAGUUAUGCAAAGCCUUCCAGUAUGCCUUUUCCUUUGCUGUGUCUUUUGAGUUUGAGUAGUAUGGAUGUCUCCAGACAUUAUGCGAAUGUUCCCAAAAAAAGCAAUGGAGAUGCAAAUACUUUGUAAAAAUAGGACUUAAUUUCAUCAAGGUAUUUUUUCUCUUUUUUUAAACGGGGGUUUUCUUUCUUUAUAAGGAAAGGGGUAAGAUGAAAGAAGGGAGAGUGGAGACAAGCACUGAAGGGUGUUUAACUCAGCACAGUUUUACUUUAAGUCACUCAACAAAUGCAGCAGUAAUAAAAGGAGGUGGCAAUCAAACUGUACAAACCUUAUUUCAGUCUGGUCAUGAAGAGGUAUGGUAAGAAGAGCUUAAUAUGAACUUGUUAUGAAGAAAUGCUGUUGGAUACUGUGAUCUGUAUUGGGUAUUGUAAAGGGAAGCACUGAUGGGGCAAAAGUCUGUGCCCUGGGUAGAAACAUGAACAAGAGCGGGGGAGAAUCCACCAUAAUGGCUAAAAGGCUAGUUUUGAGUUCUCCCUUUAGAGCAGCACUUCAGCAUGACUUUGUGACCUGAAAAAGGGGUGAAUUUCUAACACCUCCUCACGUAUUGGAGGUGUUAGAAUACUCAGUGUUUGAAUACUUAAAAUAUAAGUGAAGCUGGUGGGAAAUCCAUUUUGCCGCUAUCUGAUAUGGCUGUAGCUUGACAGUUUAUGGUUUCUUCAUUUUACACAUGCAGAUUUUCUGUUUAAGUAAAAAUCCUUUAUCUUAAAUUUUUCUCAUCAAACCUACCUUAAAAUCAGUUAAUUUCUUUUUGUAAGUGCUGCAUAUUAUAAUUUGGCUUCCUUUCUGGAAACUUCCUUGAAUAGUAUGUGUGGCUAACAAAUAGACAUUAAAAUCGCUUAAUGUUAUAUAAAUCUUAAUCAGAUUCAUUAAUUUUGUCUUAAGGAAAAAAACAUUGAGUGUGUUUCAAGUUAUUCUUUUUUUUUUAAGAAACAAAAAAUAUAUUUUUUACAGAGAGCAUGCUCUUUUUCUUAUUUUUAUAUCAUUUUUCAAGUGUAAUUUAUACCUUCACUCUGAUCAUAACAGGAGUUUCGUAGGAAAUCAGUUGACUUGGAGUUAUUACCUUCUCCCCCUCCCACCCUUCACUGGUUGACCCUAGUAUAUAGAGUUGUCCUAGAUUCUGGUUCCUAGAGGAGCUGUAGGUCCUGUGCUGAUGGUGCUAGGACAAUUAACCAUAACUAGGCUUCAGAGAGAGAGAGAGAAAAAUCAUUAUCCUUUUCCCAGACUGAAAUGCCCCAUGCAUACAAUACACCCUUACGUUUUUGUUUCUGGAUGAAGAAAUUAGAAACUUUUUAUAAAAUCUAAUGUGUUGAUGUUUGAAAUUAAUCUGCACUUCAACAGUGUGGACUUAAACCUUAGCAAUUCUUAAAGCAGUAAACCUACUGCAAGCUGCAAUGCAACAUUGUUUCAUUCUAAUAUAUAGAAAAUGGACUGGAUUUUUUUUUUUUUUUUAAAUAGAGUUGUAAUAUAACUGACAAACAUCUGUACAUAUUUUGCAAAGUUCACUUUACAUUGGGUUGUCCAGGUUCCUGCUACAGAACUGCUCCUGUGGCGUAUGUAGUGUGGGAGAUCAUAGAAGAUAACCUUGGUGUGUUUGCUCACAGGUACCUGUGCUUUUCCUCCUGUGACACCCUCCGAGGUUAGGAGGGCGGGAGGGGAUGGGCAGUGAGCAAAUACACACUUAACUUGUAUUAUUACACUGAAGUCAAAUUCCAGUCUUCAUAUGUAGUUUUACAGUGUAGCCUACUGUCCUUCAGUAGCAGGCUCCCUCAUACCACUUAAUGUGAAGUGCUACUUUCUAACAGCAGAAGGUGAUGUUCUUGUCUUUCGUCUGUUUGCUGUUUAUAUUUGCGGUUUUGUUGAUGUCUGUGGUUCAUUGCUGGAUCAUUCACGUGUAAUUGGAUUUAACUUCUUUAGAAGUGCAUUGGUUAGUUUGAGUCCCUUUUAAGGAGAACAAAAAAGGGAGAUGAAAACUGACUGCGUUAAUUCUUUAUCAGUGACCAUUUCAAUUCAAACCACAAAAAAAAGCUGAAAUAUGAAAUCAUGCCUUUCCAUGCACUGUAGCUUUUGUGAGGCAAGAUUGAAUGAAACAAGGCUAUUUAUUGGUAGCAACAUCACACAGGAUGCCAGCAGCCAAACCCUACCCUUGUUCCUGCACACAAAGAGGAAAGAGAUAUUAGCCAAUUGUGAAGAGAUGAAAGGAUGUACUUUUUUGGGCUACUUAAACUUGUAUUAAAAACACUGGUAGUUUUUAUUGAAUUCUGUACAUUUUGGCAGAUGUUUAAUUUCUACUAAUUAUUGAAAGAUAAUGGAUGUUAAAAUUUUUAUGUCUGAAGUUUGAGUCUAUAUUUUGAAAUUGUAAAUAAUUCAUUAUCAGUGUAACUUUUGUUUGACAAAAGACGUAUACUGUACGAAGAAUUGAAAUAAUGAAAUGAUUUGCCCUGUACAUUUUUUAAGAAAAUCUUGUUUGUUAAAAAGUCUUGUAUAAAUUAUAAUUUUUAUUUAAAUAAACCUAAAAAU